UAUGAAAGAAGAGAUCGUAAUGAAAGAGGUUCAAGAGACCGUUCAAGAGACCGUUUUAGAGAUAGAGAGCACGAUUCUAGAAGAGAUCGUAAUGAAAGAGGCAAAGAAUACGAUAGAAGAGAUAAAGAAAGAAAUUCGAGAGAUGGUUCAAGGGAUCGUUCAAGAGACCGUUCCAGAGAUAGAGAAUUAGAAAAAAAAGGUUCAAGAGACCGUUCAAGAGACCGUUCAAGAGACCAAAGAGACAGUGAUAAACCAAAAUCAAAUAAAAUUACAUCAACAACAACAGCUUCAGCAACAACCAAUAAAGUCGACGAAAAAGUUCAAGAUGCAUUAAACAAAGAAAGAGCCAGCGGAGUUUACAUACCCCCAUUUAAAUUGGCAAUGAUGCAAAAACAAAUUCAAGAUAAAUCAUCAGUCGAAUAUCAAAGAAUAGAAUGGGAUGCAUUAAAAAAAUCUAUCAAUGGUUUAAUCAAUAAGGUCAGUUAUUCAAAUGUAAAGAAUAUUGCAGUAGAGUUAUUUGGGGAAAAUAUAAUUAGAGGUAGAGGUUUAUUGUGUAGAUCUAUUAUGCGUGCCCAACAAGUAUCUUUACCGUUCACAAAUGUAUAUGCAGCAUUAAUUGCAAUUAUAAACACAAAGAUCCCAGAUAAUGGUGAGUUACUCCUAAAGCGUUUAAUUGAACAGUUCAAAAAAUCAUUUAGAAGAAAUGACAAACCAAUUUGUAUAGCAUCAACCAAAUUUAUAGCACAUUUAGUUAACCAACAAGUUUGUGGUAUCCUCAUCCCAUUGGAAAUUAUAACAUUGCUUUUGGAUAAACCAACAGAUGACUCUGUUGAGGUUGCAGUUGAAUUCUUUUUAGAGUGUGGCCAAAGUAUUCAAGAAAGUGCUCCACAACCAUUUAAUGGUAUUUUUGAACGUUUUAAAGCUAUUCUCCACGAAGGUGACACAUCAAAAAGAACACAAUAUCAAAUUGAAGAGCUUUUUAAAGAGAUUAGAGGCAAUUUUGCAAAUCACCCAGCAUUGAAAUCAGAGUUGGAUGUUGUAGAACUUGAGGACCAAAUUACUCACGAGUCAUUAUCAAUUGAAGACACCCACAACGUUGAGGAUUCCCUUAAUUUCUUUAAGGCCGACGAUAAGUUUUUAGAGCAUCAAGAACAGUAUAAAGAAAUUAAAAGAAGUAUUUUAGGCGAUUCAGAUGAAGAAGGUGAUGAAGAGGAGGGUGGCUCAUCCGAUGAUUCAGAUGAUUCAGAUGAUUCAUCAUCAGAUGAUGCUUAUCAGUCAAAAUAUAAACCACCUCCAAGUACAGCAGGUACAGUUGUCAAUUUGCAAGUAAUCGAAGAUCAAACAGAUACCAAUUUAAUCAAUUUGAGAAAGACCAUUUAUUUAGCGAUUAUGUCAAGUAAAGAUUUUGAGGAGUGUGCACACAAAUUAUUAAAGCUUAAAAUCAAAGGACACGAAGAUGAAGUAUGUAAUAUGUUAAUUCAAUGUUGUAGUCAAGAAAGAACCUAUUUACCAUUCUAUGGCAAUUUAUCACAACGUUUCUGUAUGAUUAAUAAAAUAUAUCGUGACCUAUUUGAUCGUUGCUUUGCUGAGCAAUAUGCUGUAAUCCAUCGUUUGGAAACCAAUAGAUUUAGAAACAUCGCUAAAAUGUAUGCUCAUCUCUUUUACACCGAUGCAUUACCAUGGACCACCUUUAGAUAUAUACACAUUAACGAAGAUGAAACCAACUCUGCAAGUCGUAUUUUCAUUAAAAUUUUAUUCCAAGAGAUGGCCGAGUUUUUAGGUAUUCAAAAAUUAAAUGAACGUUUACAAGAUCCAUUAUUACAGGAAUCAUUCAGUGGUAUAUUUCCAAAAGAUAACCCAAAAAAUACAAGAUAUGCAAUCAAUUUCUUUACUUCAAUUUCAUUAGGUGCUUUAACUCACGAUUUGAGAGAAUUUUUAAAAAAUGCACCAAAACAACCAAUUAAAAAAGUACAAUCAAGCAGUGACAGUGAUAGCAGUGAUUCAAGUGAUAGUGAUAGUAGUAGUGACUCAAGUGAUUCAAGUGAUAGUAGUGAUAGUAGCGAUUCAAGUGAUAGUGACUAUGACAGAAAAAGAAAGAAGAAGAGAAUAUAAAAAAAUUUAAAAAAUAGCUCUAUAAAAAUAUUAAUAAAAGCCACCUAUUAAAACACCAAAUUUAAAACCUAUCAUCAAAUAUCAAUAAAAUUUAAAGAGGAUAUUUUUAACCAGUUUCU